GGGCGGCCCCGACGAGCGCAGCCUGUACAUCAUGCGCGUGGUGCAGAUCGCCGUCAUGUGCGUGCUCUCGCUCACCGUGGUCUUCGGCAUCUUCUUCCUCGGCUGCAACCUCCUCAUCAAGUCCGAGGGCAUGAUCAACUUCCUGGUGAAAGACCGGAGACCGUCUAAGGAGGUGGAGGCGGUGGUCGUGGGGGCCCGGCCGCGCCCCCUCACCAUCCGAGACCGGGCGAAGCAAACCUGUCGGAGUCAAUUAUUUCUCCCGACUCCUGCCUUUCGGGAUGAAGCGACCUGUUUCUCGCUCGCUCUUGGAAAGUCCCCAGGCCUGGCUGGAGGAGGAGAGCGCCCUGACUCUGGACUGAGCAGCAAGUGGCAAGAAGAGGGAGAUUAGGGCGCAAACUUUGGAAGCUGCUUGGGAUGCGGGAAAACCGACGGGGCAAAGGCCCUUCUCCACCCGCAGGUGGGCCAAGCUCUGGGGGCAGGUGGAGAGGGCGGGCAGGGGAGAGACCCACCAGCACCGGAUGCCCCAUGGCCUGGAAAGCGAUCCGUGCAGACGCCACGGAACAAAACUAAUGGGGGCUCAAAUCCGUGUCCGGAUUGGCGCCCGUUCUCUCCCGGUCCUCCCAGCCCUGGCGGGAGAGGCGAUGAAUACCUUGGCUUGAUUGCAACGUGCCGUUUUAAGGGGUUUUUGUGUUUGCUUGACCAUAAAUAUUUGAUAACUCUUUUUCUGCCCUAGUGACCUGUUUGCCUGCCUGGGAGUUAGGGUUUUGUCAUCGUGGGGAAAAGGGUGGGGGAGGGGAAGCCUGCGAAUGUGAACGGGGUGAGUUGUUUCUUUUAUUUCAUUCACAACUGGGUCUUUGGAGAGGGGGGCUGGCGCCACAGCUGGCCCCCGGCAAAGACCCGAAGUAGAACUGUGUCUGUAGCUCGUGACUGCACGAUUUAUGCCACAAAAGUGCUCUUGACAUUCGUGACACCGUUUUGACUCUUUUUUCCCCCCGUGUUUAACAUUUUCCUUAAU